UUAAUUUAAAUAUUAGUAGGUAUAGUAAUAUUAUGGUAGGUACCUAUGAUCGAUCCAUAUUAUUAGCUACCUAUAUAAUAUAUAGGUUAUAAUACAGGUAUUAUAACCUGGUAUCUAGUAACCUACCUAGUCUGAAGUGAACACCGAGCGUGUCGUAGCCCUAGGUAGCAAUUUACAGAAGGUAUAUUAAGGAUUAUUAGUUAGCGAUGGAAAGCUGGAAAAUAAUUACGUAUAAUGUCGCGGUAUAUAUGUUUUUAUUUGAAAUACGACCUCUUGAAACAUAUUUAACAGCCUAUCUUACUGGACCAGAUGGAAACGUUUCGCUUUCAGAAGUGGCUAAUUCUAUGGAGUCAAUCAGAUCGUAUUCAGCUCUCACUGCAACUGUAAUAAUGUUAGCCGUUUCCGAAUACUUUUACAAACCGGCCAUCAUAGCCUAUACGGUUUGUUCAUUUAUCGCCUAUAUCCUCAUGUCAGGCUCGCCGAGUUUGAUACAUUUGCGGGUCGGCGUGGCUGGCAUUGGUGCAACAUCGAACGCCUACAUAUUGGGUUUCAGCUAUUUGUACAGUCAAAUCAGUGACAGGAAACAGUAUCAAAAGGCAACCAGCAUUAUCUCAGUCAGCCUACAGCUAGGAAUUUUCUGCGGUUCUGUACUUUCGCAAUUAAUUGUCAGCAUGACUGGAGGAAUUUAUUCAAUUCUACCGUAUUUCAAUGCAUCCGCUAUGUUCUUAGCUGUAAUUUGCGCUUGUCUAUUUCCGACGAAAAAAAAACAUUCAUUUCAAAUGGAGAAUGUGCUUAAUGAAAAAACCAGACUUCUCGAAAAUGGCUUAAAAAAUAAAAUGGAAAUUCAUGAAAAAAAAAUCGUUAUAAUGAAAUCUAUUAAGUACAACACUGCAGUGGAAAAUACUUUCAAAGGAUUAUUGUUCGACUUUAAAGCUUCAUACUCGAACACAGUCGUGCUAAAACGGUCUAUUUGGUACAUAAUCAGUAUGGGAUCACAUUUUCAGAUUAUAACUAACAUGAAUGUAUUGUACACGUACAUCGUCAAUAAUCCAGGUAAUCAUGAUGUCUUGUUAAACGGAUACGCGGAGGCAACGAUCAGUUUGUGUGGAGCUGUGGGUGCCUAUUUAAUUGGAAAAGUGCAGUUAGAUUGGAUUUAUUACGGUGAUGCCGUUAUAGCGAUUUGCUCCUCUAUUAUGGGCAUUCUUAUGAUGUCAUGUUAUUAUCACGACCAUUUGUUUUUGAUAUAUUUAUCGUAUAUUGUAUACGGUAUAGUAAGUCAAAUGGUAUUCGUCUCAAAUUUCUCCGAAAUUGCGAAACGACUGAAGAAUCAGUGUUAUUCUUUGGUAUAUGGAGUUAAUUUAUUUGGGUCUUUAUUAAUAUCCACCUUCAUGACAAUAUUUUUCGUCCAAAUGAAUUUCUUGGAUAUUUCUAUUCCCGGUCGGGUACCACUACUUGUUUUUCAGUUUUUGUUCAUUGGUGGUUUAGACGUCUCCCUUGGAAUAGGAUUCUUAUUUUUAUCGUAUCUCAAAAUGACCAAGCCUCGAUGAUGAACUACACUACUUGUCAAUGUUAUAAUCUGGAUAAUUGUUGUGUUUAAUAAUAUUUUUCGAUGAAGAAGGGUAUUCAAUAGCAUAAAAUAUAUUAUAAUUAAUUGUAAAACAUUUGUUGCAGGAUGACUAUUAAUGAUUUACAUAAAUCCAAUGAAUAUUUUACUCAUGAAUUAGUAUGAUAAUAUUUAUCUUAAUAUGAGUAAAAUAAAUUGUGUUUUAUUUAUAUA